AUGGCUAAAGUUAGAACGAUUGCUAGGAGGGUUGGAACCAUGGGAGCUAAAGUUGUAGUUGGUCUAGAAAGUGUAGUUGCAUUUGAUGAAGGAGCUAAAGAUGUAAUUGUUGUUGGAAGUACAGUUGCAUUUGAUGGAGGACCUACAGAUGUAGUUGGUGUUGGAAGUGCAGUUGCAUUUGACGGAGGAGCUACAGAUGUAGUUGGUAUUGGAAGUACAGUUGCAUUUGACGGAGGAGCUACGGAAGUUGGUGUUAGAGGUGCAGUUGCAUUUGUUGUAGGAGCUAAGGUUGGAGUUGGUCUGGUUGCUAUAGUUGGUGAAGUUGGUCUCGAAGUUGCAGUUGAAGAUGACGUAGGAACUCCAGAAGAUGCUGUAAUCGUACUUACUGUAGUUGGGUUGGUUGAAGAAUUCGGCGUGGUAUUAAUUCCUUCACCACAUGUAACCAAAAGAGUUGUCGGAGGAUCAGUCCAACAGUCACCAUUACUAUUAGAUUCGCAUUCGUAG